AUGGAGGCGUCGGACGAUGAAUCGAUGUUGCUGUUGCUGAUUCUUGCUCCCUUGCUCUUCUUCCUCUUCCUCAAGAGCUGCGGCAAGAAGCACACGAACAGGGACGAUGAACAGCGAAAGAAAAUGGUGCGGCAAAAAGCAGACGACCGUGCAGAAGUCGUGAUUUCAUCUCUUUCAAAACCUUCUACUGUGAGCCAUCGCAAAGAAAGCCAUGGAAGGCAGUUUGAGGGGAUAGAAUGUGAGGAGUCUGAAGUGCCGUCGGAGGGUAUCGAACUGGAGAACGACAGAGGGCGGAAAGAGAGUAGCAGUUUGUUACAAGAAAGUGGCGAAAACUAUUCUGAGGAAGAAGAGUUUCCCAGUCUUGGCAAGGAACAAGGGAGAUCCCCGGUGCUCAAAGGAGGAACUUUGGUAGGUCAAGAUAGGUUCAAGUCAGCUCGGGAGUUUCUAUCAAGUUCGGAAAGUGUCUUUCAGAGGUUGAUCAAGGAUGGGUUUUCUGCAAGAGCAGCGAUCAGAUCCCUCCUGCAUCAUGCAGAGAGCUCGAGCAAGGUUUCUUCGGUGUCGAGCACUUUCUAUGACUGCAUGACUUGGAUCUGUCAGAGUGCUGCGAUAAUCGAUGUCAAUGCACCAUGGAGAGAAGAGGAGAUCUUGAUGAUCGGCGAAGAAUACUUGCAACGAUUUUCAGACAUCGAGAAUGAUUUACUCCGAAAGUAUGCACACAAUUCGAUUCUGAAUCCGAAGGAUGACAUGUUGCAAUCCGAACAAAAGAUUGAGAGGGAAAAGAGCGAAGAGCCUCUCUUGCGCCAUGAGACGGAGCAAGUGAUAGAGGCAGGAAAAGAUGAUCAGAAUGAUUGGAAUGUGGUCUUGGCAGAUGACGAGUUGAACGAGGAUACUGUAGAAACUAAUUGUGAAGUCGAUGAGCUGGAAGCGUUGAAGCUUGAAAUUUUGGACAAGACAGGGUUCCGUGUUUCCGAUGCUGUUUCAUUCGACGACCUUUUGUCAUCCCUGAACGCAAAGAUGUGUGAAGCGAUGACAGAAGAUUUCUGGGGGGUCAAGUACAAAUCGAUACCAUCACAACCUGAUCAGAUCGUCAAGAUCGCAGGAGGGAGGAGGAGUGAGAUAGCUCUUCUUGUGUGUUUCAGGGUCUGGCAGAAGCUGGACUGCAUGUCUCCAGCAUGCGCAGCAGUAGCAAGACUGAGUGUCAUGGUGAAUGUUGGUACUCUGUUCAAACAGGGAACUCUCCCUCUCCCUCCCGAUGUCGUUCCUCCAGUAUCGUCCACAGAUAACCUAUCUUCCGAUCUGGGCCGAGAAACAGCGUUCCUGUUUCAGCAUGAAAACUUUUCCAAGGAUGUCUUUCAGAGCCUAUCACAUCCUCAGUCACUGUCGAGUUGCUUCUUCUCCCAACAUCUCCCUUGCUCUCUGAUCUCUAUCAACGUGGAGGAAAGGAUGCUCCCUGCCCUCCUCGCCGUCGCCCGGGGGGAGCAUGCGGGAAGCACUCUUGAGACCAGCAUGGAUCAAGAUUUUCUCAGAAUCGACCAAUCUGUUAGCGAGCCCACAGCCCCGUCAAGAAUUCUCUACAAGUGCGAUCUGCUGCAUGCUAGGAGGAUGGACGAGCUUGUACCUGCCUGA